AUGAAAAGCUUAGCAGUCCUAACUCUGUUUUUUUCGUUGUCUGUGGUAAGUUGUCUGUGCUGAUUAGCAGCGAUAAUUUUUUUGCUUCAUUUCAGAAACCGAACGUUCUAAAGCAAUCUCUUGGCUCCCCUUGACUCAAAGGAGUGACCGAAAGAGAAUUUAUCCUAACAAUAUCAAUGUCAAGUAGAUAAGGGAUAAGAACGGAGAAACAUAUCAAUUAGGGGAUUAUUAGUCGAUCCAAUACCAAAUUCUCCGACCUAACGUCGUGAGAAAUGUAUGGCAGAUAGUUAGGAGACUUACUAUUGUAUUCUUGGGAGUGAAAGGGUUCAAGAUGUCAUAUUUUAGCGGUAGCUAUCGUCAACGCUAAGCAGUGCAAUGAAACCAAAUGUCCUCGUGUAAUUCAACUUGAAUAACUCCAAAUUAUUCGCACGCAAAGCAGAACAGCUGAUGUAUUGAUAUAGACAGGAAGGAAAGAAAAAAAAAAACCAAAGCGAAAUGACAAAAAAGAUGAGAAAUAUUUCGCGGAAGGAAAGGAAUAUAGGAGAAUUUCAGCGCAGUUAACAUUCACACUCUGACAAAAAACAGUAAAACAAUACAAAACGAAGAGUAAAACAAAAAAUUUAAUCUGUCUUUUUUAUUUCCAGUUAUAAAGUGGAUAAUCAAAAUUGGACUGGACGCUCAGAUGUAACGGGGCUUGAAAUCCCGGCUUAAAUUACGAUAUUCCUGAUCUAGAUAGGAGUGGAGCGGAUGGUUUAAAACUUUUUUAACGUAGAGAUUAAACUUUUUAUCUUUUUUAGGCUUGCUCCAAUUUGCCAAAGUAUUCAGCUUGUGAAACUAGGGUGAGUCUCAGAUUCAUUUAAAAUUCGAAAUUUGCGAGGAUAUCGCCUUGUUCUAAAGCUUCUAAUGUAAAUCUUCUUUUGUUUUUCUUUUUCUCAUGCUCAGGAAAAUUCCCAUUGCAGUUGCGCACCGGGAUUAGCCUGCAAAGUAACACGGAAAAUUGACAUGGGAGAACAAACAACUAUGGUAAAGCAAUGCAUGCCGGUCAAUGAGCCGAUCGUCGUCGAAAAACUAACAGAAUAUGACGUUAAUGAAACUUUGGAUCCUGGCAGUGCAGCAUUGGACCCGGCGGCAAGAUUUUAUCCUGGAAAGGUGAGGAAAAAAUAAUGAUCUGGGGUAAAAGGAAACUAGUUUUGGUACUUCGUCCUUGCAAGUUUUUCCUUUUCAUUUCUCCUGGAUCAAAAACUGUUAUGUCAGACGAGGGGGACUUAAGUCUCGUACCCAGACCUUCUACGGCCAAACGAUGGUACAUAGUGGGAUCUAACUUUUCAGUUGCACGGUAGGAUCUGGGUACGAGAUGAGGAGGACCUAUUAUGGCGAAGAUUUGAAUCUUUCUUUCUUUCUAUGAAGCGCUGAAGAGAACUUGAAUAGAGAAAUACGCUGAUUGCAGCCAAAAUUCUAUCCCACAAUAUGAUGCUGUUUCGUUGGAUGUAUAACAAAUUCUGUUGUCUCUUCAAAAGUAUGAAUUUCUUAAUAGUGAUUUCGUGCUUCUAUUAAACUUUGAUUUCAGAAAUGCACCACGGCAGCCGACUGUUUUUGGCCAAACACCUGCUGUCUAUUUAGCAAACGAUGUAGCCUGAAGUUGCUGAAAUACUUUACUUGUUACCUCAGGGUAAGUGAAGCAAGUAUGAAUAGUUAAAUGGUAAUGAAAUGUUGAAAGAAAUAUUGGAUUACUUUGAUUUUUUUCAACAUCCCUCUGUGAUUGGUCCAGAUACCUUGCGUAUCUUUCUCACUGUAAUCAGAUUCAAAACUAUUGGUCAGCGGUUGAUCACUUGCGUUUCCCGCGGUUCAGGUUGUUCCGUGUGGUGGUUGUAGUAUUAACUCUAAGUUUCCUAUUGGUUACUUGUAAUAUUUCUUUUGUUCUGAUUGGCUGUUUUGAUCACAUUGGCUUUGACUGUAAUGAAGCGCUCUUGGAUGGCAGGCGUGCUCCCUGUGUUGCUGAUGCCUUUCCAAAGGCCUUCAUAAAUUUGCCCUGGUCGAAUAACGUGAUCUGAGAACAAACUGAGGUCUGUUAACAGACAGGUUCGUGAGCUGAGGUAAAAUCGGUUUGGAUCAAUGAGAAAGCAACAUAAGAAAGUGGAAUCUACAGUCCCCAAGGGCCCCCCUUCCGAGGACUGUCCGUCAACUUCAACCAUAUGAUAGGUAGAGCUGCUUUCCUCAAAAAAAAUUGUAACUUUGACCCAACUUCCACAGCUUGGUCGAACCUCCAAAACAAGUCAAUGUUGUUUUGAACGCUCUGGAAGGGUGAAAACUUAAGUGGGCUUCGUUAAAUGUGAACUAUCGAAAGAUUAAAAUACGGUUUCAACAGUUGAAAUGGACCUCUGAAAACUCAUUCGAUAGGAAAGAGGCUUUCACAAUCCCCCGACCUACACCCCCUGGAGACUCUUCGUGCAUUCCGUCAUAAUAAAAGAUCUGUUUUCCUGACCAGACAAUAUUCUUUGGUUUAAUUUUUAGAGCGUACAUAAGUGCGGUUGUCAGGAACAUUUGGUUUGCAAAACCACGACCCAUGUGACACUUCCAAUCGUCAAGAUUCCCUUUCCAAUAAGGCAGUGCGUGCCGGAAGACGAAGCAUAA